UCCCUCAUGCAGUAAUCGCACGGGUCUGCAGAGAGUGAGGAUGGAGAUCAGGUGUGUGUGAGCUGAAUUCCAUAUACCCAGCCCGACAGAGGAGGAGAGCCAGUCACUUGGGAAAGACUGCAAAGCUGCAAAAAAAAAAAAAAAUCCCCACCCUAAGUAUCUUGGACGGAAAGGGCCGGGGGGAGAGAGGAAGAAGCUGAGGGAGCAAGUCUGAUGGGAGGAAAACCUGGCGGGAGAAGCAGAGGGAAGGAGAGAAACAUCACGCCUUUUGGGGUGUGCCAUGGGAAAACCGGAGAGCCCGUCUCAGAGAAGCCAAGUCUCAGUGUAACUGUAUCCGCCGAUAUCUAAACCAAGAACUUGGGCGUUAGCUGAACGUUUCUAAAAGUAGACAGAUUUUAAGCUUUGUCACGUGACCUGCAAUGUAGGCACUGCCUUUCAAGAGUUUGGUUCACCUUUCACCUUGCAGCAAAUAUCAAGUCUCGGCACCAUGCCGCUGGUCAAGAGGAACAUUGAGCCCAGGCACCUCUGCCGGGGAACGCUGCCCGAAGGAAUUACCAGUGAACUGGAGUGUGUAACCAACACCACUCUUGCUGCCAUCAUACGGCAGCUAAGCAGUCUGAGCAAGCAUGCUGAAGACAUAUUUGGUGAGCUGUUUAAUGAGGCCAACAACUUUUACAUCAGAGCGAAUUCUCUUCAAGACAGAAUUGAUCGUCUUGCUGUCAAAGUGACCCAGCUGGAUUCAACAGUGGAAGAAGUGUCACUACAGGAUAUCAAUAUGAAAAAAGCUUUCAAAAGUUCCACAAUCCAAGACCAGCAGGUGGUUUCAAAGAAUAGCAUUCCUAAUCCAGUUGCUGACAUUUACAAUCAGAGUGAUAAACCACCCCCGCUGAAUAUCCUUACACCCUACAGAGAUGAUAAGAAAGAUGGAUUAAAAUUCUACACGGAUCCUUCCUAUUUCUUUGACCUCUGGAAAGAGAAAAUGCUUCAGGAUACAGAAGACAAACGAAAAGAGAAAAGAAGACAAAAGGAGCAAAAGCGUAUAGAUGGCACAACCCGUGAGGUGAAAAAGGUUAGAAAAGCCAGGAACAGGCGUCAGGAGUGGAAUAUGAUGGCCUAUGACAAAGAGCUUAGACCUGACAACAGGUUGUCUCAAAGUGUGUUCCAUGGAGCAUCUUCCGAGGGAUCCCUGUCCCCAGAUACUAGAUCCCACGCUUCCGACAUCACUGACUACUCCUAUCCCGCCACGCCAAACCAUGCCGUCCAUCAGCAGCCGGCCACUCCUUCGUACGUGACGGGAGACGCCCAGCAAUUCGGCGGGGGGAGCCAAGGCCCCGAGCAUGAACACAGGCCACCCUCCGCCCCCGCGAGGCACCCGACUUUAAACAGACCGCAGCAGCCCCCACCUCCUCCGCCCCAGGCUGUGGACGGAGCACACGGCUCCGGGCCUCUGGGCCCGACAGACUACGGGAGGCAUCCCGCUCAGAUGGUCGACUUCUACAACCCUUCAGGGCCACCGCCGCCACCUCCUCCUGUGAUUCCUUCGGCGCAAACCGCUUUUGUCAGUCCUCUGCAGAUUCCUAUGGCGCCGUUCCAUCCUGCAGGAGCGGCCGGUCUUACGUACACUGCCCCUCCCCACCCUCCCUCCGCCGGGCUGGUGGUUUCGGCUCCCCCUCCUCCAGGACCCCCGCCACCCCCGCCGGGCCCUCCGGCCGUAGGAGCUUCUCUCUCAUCCUCCCCAAUGCACGGACCCCCGGCCACUGAGCCGAAACCCCUCGGAUCGGCACAACCGCCAAUUAGCGACGCUCGGAGUGAUCUUCUUGCUGCCAUUCGGAUGGGCAUUCAGCUGAAAAAGGUGCAAGAGCAGCGUGAACAAGAAGCCAAGAGAGAGCCGGUUGGGAACGACGUGGCCACUAUCCUCUCCAGGCGCAUAGCCGUGGAGUACAGCGAUUCUGACGACGAUUCCGAGUUGGAUGAGAACGACUGGUCCGAUUGAGGCGGAGCUCGGGAGCACAGCUUACACGGCCUUGCCGGGAUUGCUCGCCCCGCGGGCCCCCCCGGAAGUCAGUGCGUUAAAGAGCACCGCAAACCCAGAGUCACCUCAGCGUUCAGAUAUUGCUGUUAUAAUGCUGUCGCUUCGCAGUUUUGGUAUUCAUGAUGUAGCCGUGCUUCCGCAGAUCCCAAACCUGGGUUGUUUUUUUUCAGUAUUUACCCUGUAAUACUCAAGUGCCGCUAAAUCUAGCAAAUAUGUGCUGCACUCAAGAAAAUAGGCUGUAGCUGUCGCACUGUUACAACACCAGCGUUUUAUCCUACUCUUGCCCAUGAGAGUAUGUGGCGCAGUUUUAGUUCACAUCUGCUGUUCAGUAUAACUGCUAACGCGGUAUUUAUUUGUGAGCCGCCUGUAUUUGUGAGUCUUGGAGGAUUAAUAAUUCCAUGUCUGGGUAAAAAUCUACAGGUGAGUAGUGCCGUUUGGCCACUUUUGUUGUGUGUUUCUCUGGAACUUGGUUCAUAUCAGUCAACCGGUCCACAUUUAUUAUGUCUCGAGCAUGGUAUUGGGUGCUGGGGAAAGGGAGGCCGGUUUAACCUGAGGAUAUAAGGGAAAUCUCUUCCCCUGAUGAUUCGCAGUCACUUCCUUGGUUUAGGAACCUUUCUGUGAGCUUGACUGUUUUGUGAAAUUUUCAUUCCUGCUUCACUUUCCGUGUUUUGUAGAGCACUUUUCUCAUUUAGAAUUGCACCCCUUUCCUAGACAUCAUUUAAUCCUUACACCUGGUCCCUAUGAGCUGGGGUCUGGGAACAGGUUUGGGUGGGGAAACUGAGACCAGGAGCGUUCUGUGACUUUUCUGGAGAGACCCAGGCAGAGGGGAAUUGGACCUGGAACCCAGGGCUUUCUCCACCCACGCUGUCCGGGAUUUCCAGGAGCCAAGUGGCUUUGAGUAUUAAGAGUCAGUGACACUGUAAAUUGCCAUUCCCUGUAGAAUGGUACCUAAUGAGAUGAGGCAGGCGUCUUAGGUUCUCAGUUCAUGUGCCACAAGAACCCAGUUUGAGUAGGCAUCUUCAGUUAGCAAUUUAGGUGACUGAGUGGAGAGAGAGAGAAAUACCUUCAAAGUGUUAUCUCCACAAACAGAGUAAACCACAUUGGCUGGGCUCUUUCUCUGCCCUCCAAGACCUCACCUGUACUUGAUUUUUGGACAGUUUAGUCACAUUUUACCAAAAUGGACCUCAUUGAAUUUUCUUAAUUUUUCAAGUAAAACUAAAAGCAGACCCUCUCUCCCUCUUACAUCCUUCUCCCCUUUUAUUUCUUUCAGAGAAAGGUAUUUUUGCUUGAGGACCUGCUGUCACAAAACAUCUUACUAGUUGUUCUUUAAGAAACCUAUUCACCUUAUGCAUCUGAAUAGAUUGGUGCCCGGCAUGGAAGGAACUGGUGGUCACGUGCGUCAUCCCGCGAUGCACACACAGAUACUAGUCAUCGUCAGAAACAAGGCCGCUGACCAGGUUUUGUCAUAGGUUUCUGGCCUUGUAGUUUCACUUUAACCCUCCAGAUGGAUGUAGGAGAACCGUCAGAAUUGGAUGUGACCUUUCAGCUAGAGAAAGAAGGCCUGAGGAGAGCCAGCUUCCCAUGGAGGGUCCCUGUCCGCAGAUGUCCGUGUGGAUCAGACUCCUUUUAAAAGGCUGUAAUCUUUGAAGAUACGGAGGCAGGAAUCAUCACCUGUCAUCAUGAGUUCAUCAAGCACACUUUUCAGAUUGAAGCUCCUGAAAUAGGUAGCCUCUACUCAUCUAGAGGGCCAGCGCUCCAGUAGUCUAAAAGACUCUGGAGGAUUGGGAAAAAAGAUAUCUGUCCUGGGUAACUUCCACGGCCAACAGUGUCUUUAUUCCAUUCCCACUGGGACCAGGGGAGGCCCGAUAACCAGACCGUGUCACGCAGGCUGCUCCGAGAAUGAAGCUGCCUGAGGCCAGCAGCAGGAAGUGGGGAUGUUCCUCCGGAAUCAGAAACCCCCAGGACCAUCGACCUUUGAGCUGCACUCUCAUUCCAGACCAAAUGGGAAACUGGAGGAGUCACGGAAUCCUUGCUAGAUAAAAGGAUUGGAUCCUCAAGAGAAGGCUGAGGAAGUGGGCUCCUGGAUUGUAAAAUGUUCUUUUUAUCAUUAUUUGUUCCAACCAUUAACUGAGGAUGAACUCUAUUCCCCUGCCAAGUUCUUUUCUCCCACUGCACAGGAAUAUUGGGUUUGCUAUUGAAGGUUACUCAUUAGUUCUGGACUGCUAGUCAUUUCAAGUUUGAAAAUGAACCAUAAAAAGUACUACAGAAUUUAUUUUGUAAAGACAGUCUACUGUAUCUACAUAGGUGAAGUCAAGGGAAGAGUUUUUCAAGCAGUGCAGAGAGCUAAAUUGAAAAUUUAGGCCAAUCAACCUCCACCCCACAUGUCUUUUCCUGGAUAGAGGGUUUCUGCAUCUUCCCUGUCCUGCUCCAAAAAACCCCAACAAUCCAACAGUUCUCUCUUAAAUCUCCAGUUCUCUUUGGCCAGGCAGAUACAGCCAACGUCUGUGACAUCGACGUCCCCCAACGCGCGUUCUGUCGGGGCUCCAUCCAGUUUACAUCCAGUCAGGGCUUCUCGGGAAGAGAAAGGGCUUCUUGGGUUUUCCAUGCCCAACUCUAUUUUUGAAGGCUUUGAUUUAGCCCUAACUAACAGUGUAGGGAAUUUGAGGAGAAAUACUUAAAGUGCUAGGAAUUAAUGGCCCAAGAAAUUUCACUACAUAAAGCCCAGCCUCCCUUCACUCUCUUCUGAAGUAACUGACCCCACUGAUUGGAAACCAUGCCCAUUCUCAUCCCCCCUUGGAUUGCGUUGGCAUUUGGAGGAGGGGAGGGGACGUAUUAUUGAGAAAGAUCAAAAACCUGCAGAAUUCCAGGACUCCUGGACUGCGUCUAGGACUGUCUUGGGCCGGAAGGGGGGCAGCAGCUGUGCCCAACUGAACCGCGGAGGAAGACUUUUCUGUCUGACUGGGGAACUUAGAAAUUCACCAGAAAUAACUAGCAAGAACAAUUUGAAUGACCGACAGUUGUAGCCAGAGGGAUGACCUGGAAGGAGAGCAACCACCACCCCCACAAGGGUCCUGCUUCCCACCGGAUAGUGAGGCCACGGGCGGCAAUGGGGUAAAUGGGGGAGCUGGAAAAACUGAAAUUUUGUUCUCAAUACCUUUUCCUACAAAAAGAAAAACUUACAAGUCCUCUGGCAAGGACGAUCAAGUGCCCUCAACUCACACGUUUUCCCUCGGGCCAGAAGAAAAACAUCCUGUGGAAAUCCAGGCUUCUAGACAUCGCUAACCUAACAAUCUAAUUCAGUCAGAUUCAAGAGAGAAGAAGUCACAUGGUUAUGUAAGCAGUCAGUUAUUAUAUAAUUAGCAACAGUCAAGGUUUCCUUCGCUUUGGGAGGCUUUGCCCUUUUACCUAGUGGAUUUUUGUUGCUCCGCCAGCUCUCGCUACGUGUCAAUCAUUUGUGCCUGGCAUCCCCAUCAGAUCGCAAGCUCCUUGAGGGCAGAGACCUUGCGUCUUGCCACUCCUAACCCUCCCAAGCAUAUAUUACGUGAGGAUGACUCAGUAAACCCUCAAUACGUAGUACUGAUUGACUGGCUGGAGAACAUCAUAAUAAUGAUAAUUGAAGUUUUUGUUAAGGGCAUACUAUAUGCCCAGAACUGUCCUAAGGGCUGCGGCAUACGCAAGAUUAUCGGGUCCCACACGGGGCUCAAUCUAAGUAGGAGGGGGAACAGGUAUUGAAACCCCAUUUUGC